AAGUGAGGAAUUCUACUCUAUUUCUAAUGAAAAGGAUGUUUAAAUCCUUUGGAGCGCUGCAAGAACCAAACAAUCAAUUCGCAAUCAAGUCCGUCAACCAUCCGGGUGUUUCGGAAAGAAACCAUCGUUGGAAACCGCUGAUCGGCGACCGUUCAGUCUACUGCAAUUAAGAUUGCCAAAUGCGACCAAAACAUUGCAUUUAAUCGGACAGGCAACCAUCCGGUUAAUCAGUACCCGUGCUGGACCCGUGGAUUAAUUCAUACACAUUCUGCAACAGUUUCCAAAACCGAAAUGGCUCCACAACAUGUACAUUUGUUGCUGAAUCUUCUACCUCAGUAUUUCGAUCCGAACAUGACGGUGGAACUCAUCGACGAAAUGUGCCAGGAGGAAAGAGCCGACGAACCGGAAUCCAACGCUCAAAGGCUCGAUUUACGUGACUCUCCUAUGGUGCAACGUGCCCUGGAGCAACCGACACAGCUGCUGGAGUUAAUGCGCGAUAUCAUUCUUGAGGUCAAAACCGUCCGUCGCACAGCUGGUCUCUUCGAUAAGUACGAUAAUUGGCAAUACUUUGCGAAGCAACUAUCCGUCGAUCAGUUCCUAGCAUUCGUGUAUGCAUUUGUGAUCCUCGCGGAGCAGGAUUCCACUGAGACGGACCGAAAGCUAGCAGUGACUGCAGCAAGAAUGUAUCUGGUUUUGCUUAGUACACCUGGACAGAAGCAAACACGUGCAUUCGAUGAGCAAGUCUUGCUCAAGUGUUUGGAUGUACUGAAAAUAGAAGAACGGUCUUCAGAAGCGGGGAAACAUUCCUCCACAGAUUUUAUCGCAAUACUUGAGGACUUGGAGUUGCUGCUCAGCUGCAUGACACUGAAAAACUGCGGCACCGUAAAGCUGCAUCUGGUCAAGUGGCUGGUGGGCAUUAUCAAGUAUUGUAUCAAGCAAGAAACCCAUCGUGCGUUUGCUGAGAAACUAACGGGAAAGAGCUACGAAAUAUUGAGCACCAUUUGUUCGUCGGAGCAUGAUGAUCACAAUGAGUGUGCAAACAAUAUAAGCCUGAUUUUCAAUAAGACCGCCCUGUUCUACCAGCUGGAGUACAAAAAUGUACCACCAGCCCUUCAAGUGUACAACUUUUUUCUGAAGCUGCUGGAACAGCACCCGAAAGACACAUCGAGCAUCUUAACAAACUUCAUCAAAUCCGUUCUAACGAAUCCGCCUAAGGUGUUUGCGAAGACGGAUGACUACGCGUACUUGCUGGAUGUGGCUGUAAAGUACGAGCUGGCACUGUACAGCAAAUGUAACAUCUCGAUUGUGGAAUAUUUAAGCCAGUUAGAAACACAGGCUGACACGAGUACUCGUAGCAAUACGUUGGAAAUGAUCGCUAGACUCGGUACCAUGGAGUGCACCGUCGAUUGGGUGUUGUUCCGCUCGGAGAUAUCAACGGUACCUCGAGAGAUAGAAAUGGUUCGUCUGGUUUGCAAUAAGCUGGCGGAGAAAAACAACACCAUUAAGCUAAAAGCAUUUCAAUGCUUGUUGAAACUCAUGCAAAACGGUAAUCAAGUAAUUCAUCAAAUAUUCCACGAUGCCUUCUUUCGCAACUAUGAGGACGACGAGGAAAAUUCUUAUCUGCAGAUGAACGACAUUGAAGAAUUGUAUCAGAUGGCGGAGGUGGACCUUGGGAUCUCAAGGAAAUUAUUCCAAUUGCCCCAACAAACUCGAAAGUCCCUUGAUAAGCCUGUCGAAGGUGGUACACACCAAGAGAAGACAAGCACAAGUCGAGAAGACGAAGACGGAACAUCGAAGAUCGACGGAAUAGACACGAUACGGGAUACUUUGAAAUCUCUUCCGGGGAUUAUUUACGAAGCACUACGAUCAUCGAAUUCGGCCAUCCGUAGAGUAUCGUUCAGUUGUCUAGAGUACAUUUUGGAGCUAGAUCGCAAUCGGAUCGACGAUCCUUUGUUCGCCUCCAGUGUGGUUCAACUGGCGAAAGACAACGUGAUGCUAGUGCGGCGCACGGCGCUAAAUGUUCUGAGCAAGCUUUUGACGCUCCAUCCCAACUAUGCAGCGAUCAUCAAGCUGUGGUCCAAAUGUAUACUAAUUUUUCUGGAUGACAAUGAUGAAAAGCUUAAAGAGUCGGCCAUCGAGAGUCUAAAAAGGAAUGUGUUCGAUAACAUUUGUCGUUACGAGGAUUCCUCUUCGAGGAAAAAGUUCACUCCUUGGCUGAUUGUUCGGUCGAUACUGGUCCUGGGUAAAAUCAAUGUUCUGAAAGCAGCGAUCGAUUCUUGGGUACAAAAAUCUUUUCUCACGGCAAACAAUUUCAGCAUUAUUGAGUCACACAUCUUUACGGUGAACUAUACUGAAGCAUGGAUUGUUCUAUCGAUUAUCGCAAAUAAAAUGAAAUCGAGAAAUCCGGAUGUUGUGAUAAAAAUAUUGAAGGAAAUGUUACAACAAGAUGUGUACAAUUCAACGAUAUGCCUACAGUACAUUCUGAGUGUUAUUAAGAGCUGGUUGCACGACUUCUCCACCGUUAAAUUGAAUGAAUUAUUUAAAAUGCUAUGGGAUAUCUUACGCACCGGCAGCACGAAUGUAUCGCUUGUAAGCUCGAUCUACAAUGUGUGCUGUAUGAUAUUGGAAAAGUCUAACGAUAUGAGUACAUCAGAAUGGGUUCAUGAGUUGCGUAGCGGUUGUGCCAAUUAUUUGCUUCACUACCGAACCAACUAUUUGAGUUCGAGCACAACCAACGACCGAUAUCUCAUUACGUUGCUAGUUUAUGCUGAAGCUGUUACUGAUUCAAACGAAAAACCCGAUACAGAUAUUAUCAACAUACUAUUAGAGUGCUUGUCGCAGCUUGCAUCCAGCAGCGGGAGUAAUCCAAAAUCGAUGCAAAUAACGGCAAAUAAUGUCAAAAAAGCAAACGUUACCAUCACAGCACUCGCCAAGUUUAGUCUACAGUACAAUACCAUCUCCACAACAGUGAUACCAUAUUUCAAUCGACUGUUAAAGCACAAACGAAUGGAUGAAUCUAUCAUAUGCACAUUGAUCACUGCGUUUGCUGAUCUUUGCAAAAGGGAUCCCGUUUUAGUGAACUCCUCAGUAAACAUGGUCAUUAGUCAGCUAAGCUCUCGCUGCGUAUCGGUGCGCAGUGUGGCAUUGAUCAAUUUAAACGAACUAAUUCUACAAGAUUAUGUUAAAAUGCGGGGAAAAGUGCUUCUGUGCAUUUUGAUGUUAAUCAUUGACGAAAAUGAUCUGAUUGCGGCGCAGGCAUUUUAUAUUGUUCAGCAAUACGUUCACACAAAAAAUGAGAAGUUGCUGAAAGAAUCCCUGCUGAAAUGUGUAUUUAUAUUUAAUCAAUAUCUGAAAUACGCGGAUAGUGAAAUGUUCCCGACCAUUGAUGCUGGCAGUGAGGAGUGCGAUUUGUUUGGAAAUGCUGAUGUACCAGCGAGCAAACGCAUUGCAAUCUAUGAUUUUUUUAUCCGAAACAUCGAUGAUAACAGUCUAUUAAAGCUGCUAGAAAACGUGAAACGAAUCCAUGAGCAGCUAGAGAAAAACAAGUUCGUCCAAUGCAAACAAGGUGUAGGAACGCUUCUCGAUCUGCUUUACGUGUUCAAGCAGAUAUGUGAGGUCAGAUACCGUGACAAACCACGCGGCGCCAGGGAAGAGCAAGAGAUGGGCCAAGAUUUAAUAGAAAAUGAUUUGGUCCAGGAAGAGCAACCAACGACUGCCAAGAAAUCAAAGUUAAGCAUUGCACAAAGCCAAACUGAAAGAGAGGUGACGACAAUUGUAGGGAAAAUGGUUGAUGUGUAUUAUAGAUUUGAUCAGAGUGUUCGCAAAUAUGUUGAGACUGUAGAAUCUACGCAAAUGGACCUAACUGAUCAACGGUUGCACGAAUUUUCGACAGCGAUAGCGGAAAACUUUAGAUCCUUUGUAGAAUUCGCUGAGCCAAUGAAGUUCUGGCGUAAACUACUUGAGUCUAAUGAUAAAUCCGAAUCUACUUCAUCGACUCGAAAAAGAAAAGUGGUGGAUACCAAUGUGACGGAUUCACCAUAAGUUAGUGAUACUGUGAUAAUCUAUUCAAUAAAAAAAAAACAAUGGUAGCUGUACAAUGUGUGGCUUCAUUUAACAUAAUGUAUACGCA